UACUUUCUUUGUCGUCUAUUUUAUUUUAUUUUUUUAAAAUAAUCGUUCCGGAGAGAGCUGUAGCUGACAUUGAAAGCAGCAGUCUUUGUUGUACAGGAGGGGCUGGGGGUGGAGAAGAGCCAAUGAGUUUGCGUCUGAGAGAGCAGCACAAGUUUCUUCCUCUGCCGUGGUGAGAUUCGGCGAACUGCGGCACAUGCGGCGGGAGCGGCGCGGCGUCGUCCGCCAGCAGAGAGGGAGAUGUAGCGGGAAGCGUGUGUGUGUGUGGGUGUGGGUGGGUGUGUGUGUGUGUGUGUGUAGGGGUGCGUGUGUGUGUGGGCAUCGGAGGAGGAGACGCUGCUGCGUCGGUUAGACUUUCAGGAAUGGCCGAUGGGAUGUGCUCCAGCGUUGCAAUGAGACGUCUAUGCUUCUGUGUCUUGCUUGUGAGCAUCACCUGCCGUCUGAGCCUCUCCCAGGAUUUAGCCGGAACCCCCAAACAGGCGGAGAUAAAUGACAACAUCACCAUCUUCACCCGCAUCCUGGACGGACUGCUGGACGGUUACGACAACAGACUCCGGCCCGGUCUGGGAGAGAAGGUGACAGAGAUCAAGACCAACAUCUUUGUCACAAGCUUCGGUCCGGUCUCUGAUACGGAAAUGGAAUACACCAUUGACGUAUUCUUCCGUCAAAGCUGGAAAGAUGAAAGGCUUUGCUUCAAAGGCCCGAUGGAGAUGCUGGCCCUGAAUAACCUGCUGGCCAGCAACAUCUGGACCCCCGACACGUUCUUCCUCAACGGGAAAAAGUCCAUUGCGCACAACAUGACCACGCCCAACAAGCUGCUGCGGCUGAAAGACGACGGGACGCUCCUCUACACCAUGAGGCUCACCAUCUCAGCAGAAUGCCCCAUGCAGCUGGAAGAUUUCCCCAUGGAUGCCCACGCCUGUCCCCUUAAGUUCGGAAGCUAUGCCUACCCUGUCUCAGAAGUGAUCUACAAGUGGACUGAGGACGCAGCCAAGUCUGUGGUGGUGGCAGAGGAAGGCUCGAGGCUCAACCAGUAUCACCUGAUCGGCCAGACGGCGGGAACGGAGGAGAUCUACACCAGUCGGGGCGAGUACACAGUGAUGAUGGCUCACUUUUACCUGAAGAGGAAGAUAGGCUACUUCGUCAUCCAGACCUACAUGCCGUGCUUCAUGACUGUGAUCCUGUCCCAGGUUUCUUUCUGGCUCAACCGAGAGUCGGUGCCAGCAAGAACCGUCUUUGGUGUGACCACGGUCCUCACCAUGACCACUCUCAGCAUCAGCGCUCGAAACUCCCUACCCAAAGUGGCCUAUGCCACCGCCAUGGACUGGUUCAUUGCGGUGUGCUAUGCCUUCGUCUUCUCAGCCCUCAUUGAAUUUGCCACAGUGAAUUAUUUUACCAAAAGGAGCUGGGCCUGGGACGGGAAAAAAGCAAUGGAGGCCCAACAGCCCAAGAAAAAAGACCCAUUGGCGUUGUCCAUGAAGCCCAACAACACUUGCUCCGCCGGUGUGAACUACACAGCCAACCUCACCAAGGACGCGUCCAUCUCUACCAUUUCAAACAGCACAACUAUUCAGCUCAAACCGUCUGAAAGCAAGGCCCCGGACCCCAAAAAGACUUACAACAGCGUGAGCAAGAUCGACAAGAUGUCCAGGAUUGUGUUCCCCGUGCUUUUUGGGACCUUCAACCUGGUGUACUGGGCCACGUACCUCAACAGGGAGCCGGUGAUUAAAGGAGCCGAGUGAGUUCUAGACUGAGGGCCAGUGAUGACAAGGAACUUAAUCAACAAACGCCAAGCACUUUGUCCUUGUACCAUAAUUGUUGUUCUUUUAAGAUAUUUACAAGUUAUUGCAUGUGUGUUGCUUCGGGUAAGUGCUGCCAUGUUUGCCUUGAGUUAGAACAUGUAUGAUUACCGACCUAAAAGAUUAACUUAUGAUUGCUCACUCAGAACUUGGUUAUACUUAAUGUUUUUUUUUUUGUUAAAUUUUGAGCAUUUGGCAUUUGUAUUCUGUCGUUUAGUUUUUAGUUGGAAAUGGAAAAGCAAGGCCAAAUGCUAUGCAAAGUAAAACAUUUGUACUGUAUCAUUCAAAACCGCUUUUUAUCUUUGUAAAGUCUUUGUACAGUAAAUAUUAACCUCGAGGUCCACGAAUGUGAAACAGGACCGAGGCAAAUGUAACUUUGCUUUCUUGUUAAAAGCAGCCAAAUAGCCAUGCUGAAUGUGUUGCCUUGAGAGUGUGAUGACUCCUUAUGAAUGCACUGAACUCUGCACUCCUGCAACAACCUUACUCUGAAACCUGGUUCAGAACGUUAAUGUAGUGGACUCUACUUGUUCACGUUUUCUUUUUUUCUUCUUUUUUUUUUACUUUUCAAUUUACGGUGGCUUGUUCUCAAUUAAGUUUAGUCAGUCUGAGUUUUUGUUUAAGUGGAGAUGAAAGCGGGAAACGUUUAAAGCGAAAGUGGUGUGUUUCCAAACUAUGAGGUUAAACUGUGUAUAUAAGUAAGUGCGGGAGUAGCUUAAGACAGUUGUAUAUUUGCCCUGCUUAUAGAAUAGCACCACUAGGCCAGUAAAGUUUGCACUUAUAUCAAUGUAACGCUUGCACAACAGCAUUGUUAGUUGCUAGUUUUAGUGCUUAAAAAGAAAAUGAGUCAAGUAGUUUAAACUCUGGCAAGUUAAAAAGGUUUUAUGCUUAGAAAAACAUAAUUUUUUUUUCAUAGAUAUAAGUUUGUUUCUUUGGUCUUUUAUAAAAGCUAGCAUACUUGAUGAUUAGCCUUGAGAAAAAAAAUUUCCUGUUUUGGCAUGAAAAUAAGACGGACAUGUGGUGGCUGGAAAAAAGCGUCAUGACCACACCAAUUAACAUUACCUUGGUUCAAAUAGAAAUAUUUAACAAUAUUAAUUAAAAAAAAACAGCUACUACCUGAUGUCUUUAGCUUUGUUUAGCUUAGCUUAGCCCUAUUUAGCAUAAAAACAAGAGAAUGGGGAAAAACCACUAGCCUGCUUUUGCUUCAUUUUAUUCCAUUCAUGUAUCACGUUUUUUAUUGAAGUUACUAAAAAAAACUUUUAGUUCAAGUGACCCACAAACACAAACUGUUAGCUUGAUAGCAAGCUAGCUCAUAUUAGAUGCUAAUUGGUUGGAUUUUAACCAUUUUGGAGGUGAUUGGCAUGUUGAUGGCAUGUCUCAGUACUUCUGGCAAUGUAGUGAAUUUAAGAUUUUCAACACAUUGAAAAACCUAAAUUGUUAAUUUUUGAGUUUUGUUUUCUUAUUUGUGUAUUUUCAGACAUUUAAAUACAGCCAUGCGUUCUUUAUUUCAUUUUAAGCUGAGCCUGUUCAUUCCAUAUCUGCAUUCGACAUAUGAGUGGCCAUGAUGUUUUCAUUCAGUCUAUUUAAAAACAAAGCUAUAUUUAUUGUAUCCAUAUUUUUUUUUCUAAAAAGGGAAAUCACUUUAACAGAAUAAUGGAAUGUAAUGGGUUCUUUCACCCAUAUCUCAAAAAAUACAAACGUUACUUUUAGCUGAAUUUGCUUUAAUGUCCGAACUUUAUCAUGUGACCUAAUGCCUGCUUUAGCACAGUUUUUUUAUUUAUUUAUUUAUUUUUUGAAAUAUUGUAUUAUGACAUUGAAGUAAACAGAAGCUGUCUGUGCUUUAACAGCAAAUACCUGAAGCAAUAAAUAACGCUGAAGUGAAUGACAAGUUUUUUUUGUGUUCAUGCUAAAAAUGUCAACAUUUUACCUGUAUUUAAUUAGGUUUUCAUCAAUCCGCCAGUCGUCUUUUUUAAUAAAUGCAUUGCUUUGUUUUUUUUUUUUUUAUCCCAUUUUUCAUGUGACAAAUGUCAAGGCCUGUGCUAAUGUGAAAAACGUGCACUUUGUUCUGUACCUGAUUCCAAUAAAGCUUCACUCGCACCGUC